AUGUCGCGCCAUCAAGCGGUCCGAAACCUUGACUACGAGGCAGAACUCGAGGACGAGUAUGGCUACUCCGACGAGGAAGAGGAGCUCAGCCCUGAAGACCAAGUCCGCAUGACGGAAGGCACAGCUCAGGUACUGGAAGCACUGGGAGUUGAGGCACCCAAGGUCACAAAGGCGCAGAUAGAGGAGUCACUUUAUUACUACUUCUUCGACGUUGACAAGACUAUCGCCUACCUCAUUUCCAAGUACAUCGACCCGCCCAAGAAGCCUGCCAAGGCUGCUCCUCCAAAGGCAGCGCCAAAGCACGAUGUCGCCACAGCCGGAAAGAAGUCUGCGAACGUCCAGUCGAACAAAAAGGGGCCAUCGUCCGCGGAUGGCGUAACGAACCAAGUCGGCCAGCUCAAGAUAGACGACACGCCUUUGCCAAAGAGUCGCAAUCUCAAUGUGCUCUCAGAAUUCGAGAAGACGAAGGGCAAGAAGACUGCCAGCUUUGUAGUUGUUGGCCACGUUGACGCCGGCAAGAGCACCAUGAUGGGGCGACUGUUACUCGACCUCAACGUUGUCGACCAGCGCACCGUUGAUAAACUACGAAAAGAGGCGGAGAAGAUCGGCAAAACAUCCUUUGCUCUCGCCUGGGUGUUGGAUCAACGCCACGAGGAGCGCAGCCGAGGCGUCACCAUCGACAUUGCUACCAACCGCUUUGAGACAGACACGACAUCUUUCACAAUUCUUGAUGCUCCUGGCCAUAGGGACUUUAUCCCCAACAUGAUCGCUGGCGCAAGUCAGGCAGACUUUGCUAUCCUGGUCAUCGAUGCAAGCACGGGAGCAUUUGAAUCUGGUCUUAAGGGCCAAACUAGAGAACAUUCUCUUCUUAUCCGCAGCAUGGGCGUUUCGAGAAUUAUCGUGGCCGUCAACAAGCUCGACACGGUCAACUGGUCCCAGGAGAGAUUCGAUGAGAUUAGGCACCAGGUGGCGGGAUUCUUGACGGGCACUGGAUUCCAGCCCAAGAACAUCGCGUUUGUACCCGUAUCAGGCCUCCACGGCGAUAACCUUGUCCGAAAAACCACAGAUCCAGCAGCGUCCUGGUAUACGGGAAACACACUGGUGGAGGAGCUCGAGGCUUCGGAACCAAGUGCCAGGGCAUUGACCAAGCCUCUACGGAUGACCAUCUCGGAGGUCAUGCGCACGCCUCAGAGUCCCAUAUCGAUCACAGGCCGCAUCGACGCAGGUUCACUGCAAAUGGGCGAUGCGCUCCUGGUGCAGCCGAGCGGCGAGAAGGCCUACGUCAAGUCCCUCCAGGUCGACGACGGAGAACCAGCGGACUGGGCCGUUGCCGGACAAAACGUGAUCCUUCAUCUCAGCAACAUCGACGCCAUCCACGUACGAGUCGGAGACAUCGUAUGCGACCCUGCCAAGCCGAUUCAAUGCGUGGACACGUUCACGCUCAAGGCCCUAGCGUUCGACAUCCUCAUGCCCAUGCAGGUGGACGUGCACAGGGGACGACUCCAUGCGGCGGGCAAGAUCGAGGCUAUCGAUGCCAUCUUGGACAAAGUGACAGGCAAGGUGAUCAAGAAGAAGCCAAUGAUCGUGAAGCCGGGAACCGUUUCCAGGGUUAGGGUCACACUGCACACGAAGGUACCACUCGAGGCGGGACAGAGGGUGGUGCUGAGGAGUGGUGGACAAACGGUGGCAGCUGGGUUGUUGGAGUGA